AUGAUGAUCCGAACAAUAUUGUUCAUUGGAAUUCUAUUAACAUUUGUUAGUUUAAUUCCUAGAGUAACAGGAAUGACAAUCAAUAAAGAUCAAAUUGUUAAUUCAAAACAAUUAUCUAAUGUUCGAUAUGCAUCUGAAAUAUAUAUUGAUGAUGUUAUGAAACAUUUGGAUGAAUUACAAAAUAUUGCAACAGCUUCUAAUGGAAAUCGAGCUGCUAAAACUAUUGGUUUUAAUCAAACACUUGAUUAUAUAACAAAUUAUCUUUCAUCAAAUACAAAUUUCAAAAUAACACAAACUUUUUUUAAUUUACGAAAUUUUCAACUUCUUCGUAAUCCAACAUUUUCAUCAACAAUUGAUGGAAUUGUUAAAACAUAUACUUAUUCAACUACUCUUUCAUUAGCAGAUUUUUAUCAUGUUCAAUAUUCAACAUCGGCUAAUAUAAAUAACAAUGUUCUUCUUACAGCUAUUCCUAAUUUAGGUUGUUCAGAUGCUGAUUGGCUUGCAGCACGUCCAUCUCCUACUGGUAUUGUUGCACUUGUUAAACGGGGAGAUUGUAGUUUUGAAGAGAAAGCUAUUCUUGCAACUAAAUACAAUGUUGCUACAUUAUUAAUUUAUAAUGAUGGUACAACAUCUGGUAAUAUGCAACCAAUUUAUAUAAAUCUUGGUCAAAAUAAUCGUGUGCCAGCACUUUUUCUUUCAUAUAAUGUUGGUCAAUCACUUGCCAUUGCAGCAAAUGAUCCAUCAAAAGUUACAACUGUUCGUCUUACGAUUGUGACUGAUAAUGCAUUAAAUCCUGUUGGAAAUAUUUGUGCUGAUACGUUAACAGGUGAUCCAACUCAAACAAUUAUUAUUGGUAGUCAUAGUGAUAGUGUUACUGCUGGACCAGGUAUUAAUGAUAAUGGCAGUGGUACUGCAACUAAUCUUGCUUUAGCUGCUACUUUAUCACGUCUUUUACAAACAUCAGAUUAUGUUCCUUAUAAAUAUCGUAUUCGAUUUUGUUGGUGGGGUGCUGAAGAAUUAGGUCUUCUUGGUGCUAAUUUUCAUGUUUCAGAAGCAAAAAAAUCAACUGUAGUUGGUGAACGAAUAAACGACUAUUUAGUCAAUAUUAAUUUAGAUAUGUUAGGAUCACCAAAUUUUAUAUUCGGUAUUUAUAAUGGUGCAACAGCUCCAACUAAUACUCCAGCAGCUGCAAAACCAGGAAGUAACAAAAUGACAACAUUAUUUAAAGAUUGGUUUAUUGCAAAGAACUUUCCUUGGGAUUAUACAAAAUUUGAUGGUCGUAGUGAUUAUGGUCCAUUUUUAGCUGCUGGCAUUUGCGCGGGUGGACUUUUUUCUGGGGCUGACGGAUUGAAGACAGUAGAACAACGUAAUCGAUAUGAUGCUAUGCUUGGAGCAGGUCUUGGAGGAACUUCAGGAAUUCGACAAGAUAAAUGUUAUCAUCUAUCAUGUGAUAGAACGACUAAUAUCAAUAAAUUUGCUCUUGAUAAAAUGGUACAAGCUACGGCAGAUGCUAUUGAAAGUAUAGGUCAACAACCUGAUUUAGAAAGUUGGUUAUAUCCUACGAGAGAAAUUCAAGAACUUAGUAAACAAACACCACAACCAAAAUUUGCAUACAAUUCCAUUAAUGAAUAUUUUGGUUUACCUUAUAAUUAA